CAGAGGCCCGAAACAACGAAUGUCCGCCACACCACCUCAGUGCGUCUGAUUGGCCGCUGCUUGUCACGUGCGCGGAAGUUGACCGAGGCGGCGAAGCGGUCACUAUGGCCGAGGAAUCGAUGGCGGGGCUGCUGGCGGUGGAUGCGGGCUCUCCCUCCUCUGGUGGCCUGACGCCGGCAUUGCCCCGUGCCUCUACUCCUACAGUUGGUGAGGGGACACUUGGCCGAUCCCUCAAAAGGACACCUGUUGAACCAUCCAAAAAAUUAAAUGCAAGAUUUAAGUCACCAUCUCUAUCAACCCACCGGAGUACAGAGCUCAAUGCUACUGAUCUUCAGACUGAACUUGCAAGUCUGAAGAAGAAAUCUGAAGAGCUGGACCGGCAGAUUGCUGAACUGAUCUCGGAAGGAUGUACUCUCGAAGAACUUGACCAGCACAUUGACCAGCUCCAUGAGUACAAUGACAUCAAAGAUGUAGGCCAGAUUCUGUUGGGAAAACUGGCUAUAGUCAGAGGGGUCACCAUCAAGGAUCUGUAUGGUGAAUUCGGGCUGGAGUUGGAUGACUAGACUGCAUCAAGACAGAAGCUGGAGGGGAGGUGCCAUUGCUCCAGCUAUAGUCAGAGGGGUCACCAUCAAGGAUCUGUAUGGUGAAUUCGGGCUGGAGUUGGAUGACUAGACUGCAUCAAGACAGAAGCUGGAGGGGAGGUGCCAUUGCUCCAGCUAUAGUCAGAGGGGUCACCAUCAAGGAUCUGUAUGGUGAAUUCGGGCUGGAGUUGGAUGACUAGACUGCAUCAAGACAGAAGCUGGAGGGGAGGUGCCAUUGCUCCAGCUAUAGUCAGAGGGGUCACCAUCAAGGAUCUGUAUGGUGAAUUCGGGCUGGAGUUGGAUGACUAGACUGCAUCAAGACAGAAGCUGGAGGGGAGCUGCCAUUCCUUCACACUGUUUGGGUCAUUGCGUCGCUCCAAUCAGCACAAAUGUUGGGGAGCAGGGAGAAGAACUAGGCCCAAAAGCCUUUAGAAUACUGGGGGGUAGAUUUGGAUCUUGAUGGAAUGAUCCAAAACACUCGGAUUUAAAUGAAAUUGAUCCAAUGACAUACCAACAGUCAUGGAUUUUGUUAAACAAGUUGACAUGGCAGGCACAAAUUGCUGGAGAAACUCAGCAGUUCAUGCAGCAUCUAUAGAGAGGAAUAAACAACGUUUCGGGUUGAGAUCCUUCUUCAGAGCCUCUCGGCCCAAAACGCUGACUCUUUAUUCUGCUCCACUGAUGCUACCAGACCUGCUAAUUCCCUCCAGCAUUUUGUGUGUGUUAUUCUGGAUUUCCAGCAUCUGUAGAAUCUUUUGUGUUUGUACCAUGGCAGCCACUACAAUUAUGCUUAGUGUUCACCUGUAACCCCUGAGCCCCUUGCUUACAGGGAGUGUUUGUUGUUGUGUUAUCAGGAGAUCUCACCAUUGUCAAGCUCCUCUACCCAGUCUGUCCAUUCUGAGCAGAAUGGAUUAGAUGGUGAAGAACAUUAUUUAGAAAUAACUUCUGCUUUCAGACAUCACUUCAUUUAUAUUCCUUUGCUCCAGACACAAGUUUUAAUGUCAGUUUAGCAAUGGGAUUAACCCUUAGAUUUCUGAGCAUAUUUUGCCCUGUCAUUGGGGAGUUUUUUGUACAGACGGUGCACGUGGAUGGUUAUUCCCUCAUUGAGGCAUCACUCCUGAGUUCAGCCCUGUUCUGGUUAGAUUUCCUCACAUAUCAUUGCUAUGGUGAGGGGUAGCUAGGUGGUGAUUGGGUUAGGAGCUCUAACAAACUGCUUGUAAACCCAUUGGUGGGCGUUGUUACAUUGUGCAGUAAACUCUUGCCAGAGUACAUAUGUCAGAAUUAAACCUGUACUUGCCCCUCAAUGUCGACAGGACAUCAAGUAAGAAAAUAGUCCUAAUUUAUGAACCAAUGCUUGUACAUUGAAUGUAGUGGUGCAAGAUUGAUUAAUAAAAGUGCAUUCAUUUUUUUUUUAAAUUU